AAUAUUUGUUUUUCGAAGAAAAAAUAACUAUUUUUAGCCUUCCGAGGCGAGAAAGAUUCAAUGGAGUGUGGACUUUGGGUUCAAUCUCUGAGAGUAGAACACUGACACUGUCAUUCAUUCAGUAAAGGUUUCCAAAACUUGUCUUGUUCUUGCAGUUUCGGUCCAUGGAACGUGUAAUUGUAAAGUCGGGUUUUGGGCUGUUCUUCUUUUGCUUCUUCUUUUGGAUGCCAACGGUUGCUGAUGCAUCUGACAGUCUUCUUUCUCCCAAGGGUGUUAACUAUGAGGUGGCUGCUCUGAUGGCAGUGAAGAACAAGAUGAAUGACGAGUUGCAUGUGAUGGAUGGGUGGGAUAUUAAUUCCGUCGAUCCAUGCACGUGGAACAUGAUCGCUUGCUCUGCCGAAAGUUUCGUUGUUUCCCUUGAAAUGGCCAGUAUGGGCUUAUCAGGAACGCUUUCGCCAAGUAUUGGGAAUUUGAGUCACCUUCAGACAAUGUUGUUGAAGAACAAUCAGUUAUCUGGUCCUAUCCCUCCUGACAUUGGAAAGCUUUCAGAGCUUCAAGCUCUUGACCUCUCGGGUAACCAUUUCGCUGGAGAAAUUCCUAGCUCUUUCGGGUUUCUAACUCAUCUAAGUUACUUGCAGCUCAGUAGAAACAAAUUAUCGGGACAGAUUCCUAAACAAGUUGCUGAUCUCACUGGUCUUUCAUACUUGGAUUUAUCAUUCAAUAAUUUCAGUGGCCCCACUCCAAAAAUACUAGCAAAAGGCUACAGUAUUGUAGGGAAUAACUUUAUUUGCACUUCUUCAUCAGCACAAAUUUGCAUGGGUGUUUCAGCACCGAUGAACGAUACAGGUUCAUCUCAGAAAGUGAACAGUCAUCAUCACUGGGUGCUUUCUGUUGCCAUAGGCAUCAGUUGCACAUUUGUCAUUUCUGUGAUGCUGCUUGUUUGUUGGGUGCAUUGGUACAGAUCUCGGCUUCUCUUUACAUCUUAUGUGCAGCAGGAUUAUGAAUUUGAUAUUAGCCAUCUCAAGAGGUUUUCAUUUCGUGAAUUGCAAAAUGCCACUGGAAAUUUUAGUUCCAAAAACAUCCUAGGGCAAGGUGGAUUUGGAGUGGUUUAUAAAGGGUUUCUUCCAAAUAGGACAGUGGUGGCUGUUAAGAGGCUGAAAGAUCCAAAUUACACAGGAGAAGUGCAGUUUCAAACUGAAGUUGAAAUGAUUGGCUUGGCUUUGCAUCGAAAUCUCUUACGUUUGUAUGGAUUUUGUAUGACGCAAGACGAAAGGUUGCUUGUUUAUCCUUAUAUGCCAAACGGGAGUGUUGCUGACCGAUUGAGAGCAGACACUUGUCGAGAGAAGCCCUCUUUGGAUUGGAACAGACGAAUGCAGAUUGCUACUGGGGCUGCCCGUGGGCUUCUGUACUUGCACGAACAGUGUAACCCGACAAUUAUUCACAGGGAUGUAAAAGCUGCAAACAUUUUGCUCGACGAAAGUUUUGAAGCUGUAGUUGGGGAUUUUGGUCUUGCUAAGCUGUUAGAUCGGACGGAUUCACAUGUCACUACUGCAGUGCGUGGCACUGUAGGACACAUUGCACCAGAGUAUCUUUCAACUGGACAAUCUUCUGAAAAGACUGACGUUUUUGGAUUUGGCAUACUACUUUUGGAACUCAUAACAGGGCAAAAGGCAUUAGAUGCUGGAAAUGGUCAGGUUCAGAAGGGAAUGAUUCUUGAUUGGGUUAGAACCUUAUAUGAGGAGAAGAGGCUGGAGGCGCUAGUAGAUAGGGAUCUAAGGGAAUGCUUUGAUGCAUUGCAGCUGGAGAAAGUGGUAGAGGUGGCUCUGCAGUGUACCAAGUCGCAUCCCAAUCUCCGGCCAAAGAUGUCGGAAGUUUUGAAGGUCUUUGAAGGUCUUGUUGAGCAGUCGGGGGGACGUACGGAGGAUUUGCAAGGUGGAAGCAACCUCUAUGAGGCAAGGGCUUGUAGUUUUUCCAGAAUUUACAGUGAUGUUCAUGAAGAAUCUUCAUUUAUAAUUGAAGCCAUGGAGCUCUCUGGACCUCGGUAGCCAUCAAAGUCUUUAAAGUUGUGAAAAUCUGAUAGAAUUAAAUAGAUAAAUAGAUGGCAUGCAUGCUUGGAUUCGUGUAUAUAUUUUCAAGUUGAUACUCAGCUCUUCAUUUGCUUUGUUACGUGCAUGUAUAUGUGAGUGCAAGCAUACAAACUCUUUAAGCAUAGGGUAAUUAUGAAAUUUUAGUGAAAUUGUUUUUAUUUUUA